AUUCAGAAUUUUGUAAAUUUUUGAAAAGAGAUGUAUUAAACUGCUUUUUUGAAUAUUUGCCACAGGUCACCAUAUUUGGGAAUAAGGCCAAUGCCCCUCAAUAACUAUGGGUCACCAAAUCAGGGGAUACAAAUGAAUCCAUUGCCCAUGAUGAACUAUGGGUCACCAUAUUUGGGGAUAAGUUCGAUGCCCCUCUAUAACUAUGGGUCACCAAAUCAGGGGAUACAAAUGAAUUCGAUGCCCCAGAUGAACUCUGGAAGACAAGUGUUUUUCUGUGCUCUUGGCCAUCCUCACAACUCAUCUGGAGAAAUGAAUAACUGCAACACAAUGAUAGAGACAUGGAAUGUAAAUUUCUUCAACAAUGCACAGUGUGCUCUUACUGUGGAAGAGAGUGGAACAAAUCCAGAUAACACAGAAUACAACAGAAGUCUUCAAUUCAAUGGACCUUACUUUGCAAUGCUUUUCCUGACAGGAAACAGGCAAUUCCAACAUUAACUAAAGAGAAGAUGAUGUUUAUGUACAAAAAUGGACAAUAAUUAUUAAGUAAGAGAUAUGGAAGAUCGGAUUACAUGUGCCCUAACCGAAAAUUUUCGUAAACUACUAUAAAUUAUAGGGUACUCUCGUAUGAAAAUUAUUAUAUUGUGUAUAACAUCGAAUCAAACUAUUUAACAGCAAAAUUGUUGUAUUUUUACUUUGAAAAAACAAUUUUGUUUCAUUAAUUGACAGCCGCUUUCACAUUUGUUAACACUAUAUUAAUAAUAAAUAAAAAUAAUAAUAAUAUAAAUUUCUAUAGGGCCCUAUAUAAUAAAAAAUAUC